AUGUGGUCCUCGGCCCGUGAAAUUGCACCCGGCGACCUAGUCAUUGUUUGGAUGACCCGCGACCUUGUCCAGCCGCUCGUCGUUACUCCAGGCAAGGAGAUCAACAACAGGUUCGGCUUUUACCGUCAUGACGACCUUGUCGGCGUUCCCUAUGGGUCCAAGGUCGGCUCGCGCAACGGCAAGGGCUUCAUCCACGUCCUCCGCCCGACGCCCGAGCUCUGGACUCUCGCGCUCCCUCACCGCACGCAAAUCCUCUACCUCGCGGACAUUGCGUUCGUCACCUCGUGGCUGAAUAUCAAGCCCGGCAGCAAAGUUAUUGAAGCUGGCACGGGCUCCGGCUCGUUCUCCCACUCCGUCACCCGCACCGUCGGGCCCACCGGCCAUCUCUGGUCAUAUGAAUUCCACGAAGCGCGCGCCACCAAGGCCAGGGAAGAGUUCUCGCGUCACGGCAUGGACGCGACAGUCACGCUUACCCACCGCAACGUAUGCAAGGAUGGCUUCACCGUAAGCGACGUCGUUGACGCAGUCUUUUUGGACCUCCCCGCGCCAUGGGACGCUGUCGACCACGCCAAAAAGGCCUUGAGGAAAGACCGCGUGACGCGGAUAUGUUGUUUCAGCCCGUGCAUGGAGCAAGUCCUCCGGACGGUCAACGCGCUCAACGACGCCGGCUUCACGGACAUUACGAUGUACGAGACGCUCAUCCGCCCCCAGCAGGUCGACGCCGUGCCCGCGCUCACGCCGAUCAGCGACGUCAGGGAGAAGCUGAAGGGCAUGGAGCGUCGCCGCGAGGACAAGCGUUUUCGGCAGAUCGCCAACUCGCGCGCCGCCGUGGCCACCGCGGGAAAACGCAAGCGCACGGACGAUGCGGACGCCGAUGACGAUGCCGAUGCGAUCAGUGCCGCGGGGAAACGCUCCAGAACGGAAGAAGGCGAGGAGUUCAAGUUCAGCGAGGGCGGCGCGGCGCCGGCGCAGAUUGUGAUGCGCGAGCACGAGCUCGACGCGCAGCCGGAGGAAGGGGCACGCCCGGUGACGACCGGUGUGGCACCCAGGAUCAGCAUCUCGAAGGCGUUCCCCGAGGUCCGGGGCCACACAUCGUACCUCACCUUCGCGUGUCUCCUCCCGAUAAUGGCGGAUGGGCUUGCGCCUGUGUGGGAAGGUCGGUCGCAGCGUUGUCCGUAG